AUGGCUUCCCAGAUGGAGUGCUUCAACGACUUCUGUCUAUCAUGCGACCGUCAAAUUGCUGAGAACGGCGUCUACUGCUCGCAAUCGUGCCGGUUAGCCGACCUAGAGAAGGCUGGCAGCACAGCCCGAGCACCCUCGCAACUGUCAUCAUCCGCUUCGUCAUCAUCAUCAUCCAACAGCGGCUUCUACCUCGCCCCUGCAAUCAACUUCUCGGCAUACAAGGGAGCCUCGACUUCACAAGCACCACCUUCGAGCCCGUACCACUACUACCCAACCGCAAAUGGCAGCUACUUCGCACCACCAACCGCAACAAGGCAAUCCCCACAACGCAGCCUCACGCCCUCUUCGUCACGCUCAUCCCUAGCUUCGCAAUCUUCCCAGACCCAGUCAGGCAUCUCGCAGCAAGCGGCCACCCAACUCAACAGCUACAUGCGAUCCUUUGACCAAACACGGGACGUAAAGAGGCGGUACACUCAGUACUAG